CUGGCCCGCGCGCGUGGAGUGAUUCUCUCUUCAAGAUGGCGUCAGCGAGCAGUGGCGGAGGCCGGGUGUCUAGCGGUCGGGAUCUCAACAGUGUCCCUGAUGUGGCGGAGACCCUGGGGGCUGUUGCUAAACAGGGCUUUGACUUCCUAUGUAUGCCAAUAUUCCACCCACGCUUCAAGAGAGAGUUCCAUCAGGAGCCCGCCAAGUCUCGAUCUGGACCCCAGACUCGCUCCGAUCUGCUCCUUUCUGGAAGAGACUGGAACACGCUUAUUGUGGGGAAGCUUUCAGAAUGGAUAAAAGCAGAUUCACAAAUACCAUCAAUGCGUAAAACAUCAGAAGCGGCUCUGCUACAGGAGUUAAAUUUCUCCGCUUAUCUCGGCCUUCCUGCUUUUCUGAUUCCGCUCGCAACAGAGGAAAACAGCAACUUGGCUCGGCUCCUGCUAAAUCACAUUCACACUGGCCACCAUUCCACCAUGUUCUGGAUAAGAGUACCACUAAUGGCUUCCAAUGAUCUGCGAGAAGACCUGAUAGAAAACGAGCCAGCACCUGAUUGUGAUAGUGAAGAUAAGGCUGGGGAAGAAAGGACUUGGAUUUGGUGGCAUAAUUUUAGGACACUCUGUGAUUACAACAAGAAAAUUGCUUUGGCUAUUGAAGUGGGCGCUGAUCUGCCAGGUAUUAAUGUGAUAGAUCGGUGGUUGGGUGAACCCAUCAAGGCAGCCAUACUUCCAACCAGCAUAUUCCUCACUAACAAGAAAGGAUUCCCUGUCCUAUCCAAAGUACACCAGCGACUCAUCUUCCGGCUGUUUAAGCUGGAGGUGCAGUUUGUGAUUUCUGGGUCACAUCAUCACUCUGAAAAAGAUUUCAGUUCGUACUUACAAUAUCUUGAGUAUUUAAGUCAGAAUCGUCUGCCUCCAAAUGCGUAUGAGAUGUUUGCCAAAGGAUAUGAGGACUACUUACAGUCUCCACUCCAGCCGCUCAUGGAUAACUUAGAAUCUCAAACUUAUGAAGUUUUUGAGAAGGAUCCCGUGAAAUAUUCACAAUACCAACAGGCGGUGUAUAAAUGUCUGUUGGACAGAGUUCCAGAGGAAGAAAAGGAAACUAACACACAAAUUUUGAUGGUUCUUGGAGCAGGUCGGGGGCCUCUGGUGAAUGCAUCAAUUCGAGCUGCCAAGCAAGCCGAGCGUUUGAUUAAAGUAUAUGCAGUGGAGAAAAACCCUAAUGCCGUAAUUACGUUGGAAGGGUGGCGUUAUGAAGAGUGGGGCAGUCAGGUGACGGUGGUGUCCAGUGAUAUGAGAGAAUGGAACCCUCCCGAGAAAGCGGAUAUCAUUGUUAGUGAGCUCUUAGGAUCUUUUGGAGACAACGAACUCUCCCCUGAGUGCCUCGAUGGAGCUCAGCACUUUCUUAAAGAGGGUGGUGUUAGUAUUCCAGGGGAGUAUACCUCUUAUUUGGCCCCAAUAUCUUCCUCCAAACUUUACAAUGAGGUGAGAGCGUGCAGAGAAAAGGACAGAGAUCCGGAGGCUCAGUUUGAGAUGCCAUAUGUUGUGAGGUUGCACAAUUUCCACCAACUCUCCAAUCCCUUGCCAUGUUUCAUAUUUCAACAUCCAAAUAAAGAUCCUGUUAUUGACAACAAUCGUUACUGCUGCCUGAAGUACAACAUAAAGCUUAAUACCGUACUCCACGGAUUUGCAGGUUACUUCCAGACGGUGCUUUAUAAGGAUGUCACGCUAAGUAUUUGCCCUGAAACACAUUCUCCGGGAAUGUUUUCUUGGUUUCCCAUUCUGUUUCCAAUAAAGCAACCCAUUCCUUUAAAGGAGGGAGAUACAGUAUGUGUACGGUUCUGGCGUUGUAACAAUGGCAAGAAAGUCUGGUACGAGUGGGCUGUGACAUCUCCCAUCUGCUCUGCGAUUCACAAUCCCACUGGCCGCUCCUACACCAUUGGACUGUGACCCAUAUACAGGACUUUUGUUAUGGUGGCUGAGCCCUUCUAGUAGCAAACUCUUUAAUACAGACCUGGUGAUGGAUUAGCGUGAUGCUCCAAAAUGUACUGCAGCGACUGUGGAGUGUAAAACCUACCAGACGUCUUCAGUGAAACCUCCAUGGUUCUCCUCUGUCUUUUUUUAUUAUGUGAAACUUAGAAACAAUAAAUAUAAUGUUUACUGCA